AUGAAGGCAAGUAUUGUAGGGGAGAAGGUGAUCUUAGUGCCAUACAUGAAGGAACAUGUUCCAAAGUACCAUGAAUGGAUGCAAAACCCUGCCCUCCUUGAAGCCACUGCUUCUGAGCCACUUACACUUGAUCAAGAAUAUGAGAUGCAAGUCUCUUGGACUCAAGACCCUUUGAAGCAAACUUUUAUAGUGUUGGAUAAGGAGCUGGUUGAUGGAGAGUUCUGUCAUGGUGAUCCUCAUACUGAAGCAAUGGUUGGUGAUGUUAAUAUAUACAUGAAUGACUUGGAUGAUGCCAAAGUGGCUGAGGUUGAGAUAAUGAUAGCUGAAACAAAAAGCCGUGGUAAAGGAGUUGGAAAAGAAUCAGUUCUGAUGAUGAUGGCAUUUGCGGUUGAGAAUUUUGGCAUCCAAGCCUUUCAAGCUAAAAUUGGGGAAUCAAAUACUGCUUCAAUCAGUCUUUUCCAAAAAUUGGGAUUUGAAAAGAUUUCUCAUAGUGAUAUCUUUAAAGAGGUAACAUUGAAGCUAGAAAUGAGCAAGUCAAAGUGUGAGGAGCUGUACAGACUGACCGAUACUGCCAUGACAUACUUCUAA